AUGGAAAAAAUAUGUGGUGCCAGUUUUGGCAAAAUGUGCAACCAGGCAAAGCCUUAUUUGUUAACUGUGGGGUUGCAAUUUGGGAUGGCUGGAACAUACAUAUUCACCAAGGCAAGUCUGAAUCAUGGAAUGAGUCGUUUGGUGUUCAUUGUCUAUCGCAAUGCCAUUGCUGCAUUUGCCCUCGCUCCUUUUGCAUUGAUAUUUGAAAGGAAAACUAGGCCAAAGAUGACAAUCUCUGUCUUCAUACAGAUACUAGCUCUUGGAUUUCUGGAGCCAGUGAUUGACCAAGGCUUCACUUUCUUGGGGAUGCAAUACACUUCGGCUUCAUUUGCCUCUGCUGUUAUGAAUGCCGUACCCUCUGUAACCUUUGUGCUCGCAGUAAUCCUCAGGUUAGAGCGUGUAAAAAUCAAAGAGUUACGCAGUCAAGCGAAGGUGAUUGGAACAUUGGUAAGCUUUGGUGGGGCUUUGUUAAUGACCCUUUACAAAGGCCCUCAAAUGCACCUAUUUCAUCAUUCAAACACAACACACCAGCAAGAUGGAAGUCUCUCUCCUCAGAGUCACACAAACUGGGUCAAAGGAACUCUCUUUAUAUGCCUUGGUUGUGUGGCUUGGUCUUCUUUCUACAUUUUGCAGUCCAUAACGGUGAGAAAGUACCCUGCGGAACUAUCAUUAUCAUCCUUGAUAUGUUUGAUGGGUGCAUUGCAAAGUGCCGUGGUUGCGCUUGUAGCAGAUCAUAACUCUCGGGCAUGGGCUAUCGGUUUGGACUAUAGACUCUAUGGUCCUCUCUACACUGGAAUAAUGAGUUCAGGAAUAGCAUAUUAUAUACAAGGGUUGGUAAUGCAAAGCAGAGGACCAGUGUUCGUAACAUCCUUUAAUCCUCUUUGCAUGAUCAUCGUUGCUGCUUUGAGUUCCUUCCUUCUAGGAGAACACAUUUAUCUGGGAAGUAUCGUUGGAGGCAUCAUUAUCGCAGUGGGUCUUUACUCUGUUGUGUGGGGUAAAGGAAAAGAUGAUGCAGAGCUCACACCACCAUUAGCAACGACAAAUAAAACAGAAACACAACAGCUGCCAAUUACUUCAGCAACUAAUAAAUAA